AUGGAAGCAGAGGCACUUACAAGUAGCGACCGACAGCGCCGAGCACACAAAAAGUCUCGAAACGGCUGUCUGCAAUGCAAAGCUAGACAUGUCAAGUGCGACGAGCAGCAGCCGAUAUGUGGUCUCUGUAAGAGGGUCAAGAAGAAGUGUAGUCUUGCAAGUCUGGAAUACGGAGAGCUUGCUACAACCUUCAGAAACAACAACGUCGUGCCCAGCAAUGCCGCUCCCCAUCUUCAACCAUUGCCCCUUGCCGACCUGGAGCUGCUCUACCAUCAGAUGCGAUGCUACGAGGCCACUGGACAAGAUAGUGACGACAUUCAACUCGGAUUUACCUUUCCAUACGUGCUGCACAGUAUUUUAAGCUUGUCAGCACUUCUCCUCUUCUCCCAACAGCCCUCAAGGAUAGAGCUGUUAGAUCGAGCCUGUGCACACCAGAACUCUGCGCUGGCCCUGGUACGACCUCAUCUGGUAGACCUGACUAAGCAGAAUGUCAAUGCUGUAGUCAAGUUUUCUGCCAUUACAUCUGUUAUCGCUCUGGCACAGCCACUAUACCAACAUCCUUGCCGUAUUGGCCAGACGUCCGAUUCUAUCAGCGACAUGCUCAAUUCUUUUCACAUGGCGAGGGGCAUUAGGUCGGUUCUGGAGCGUCAAUGGCAGAUGGAGGGCAUUCACCAUGAUCCAGACGCAGGCCCUGAUCUCGACAAUGAAGAUCCCUGGCAGCAGGAUCUGAUGAUCAAGUGGCCACCAUACCCUGUUCUUCGCGACCUAAUCACGUCGCUUUGCACCUCUGAAGCGGACAGGUCAGUCUGCCUCGAUGCGACAAGGAAGAUAUUCUCCUUUAUCACUCUCUUGGAGGACCAGCCAAAUUUACAUCCUGAUGCGCGACUGAUACAAAUCUGGCCUAUUGAGAUCAAGAAGCGCUUUCUCAAUAUGUUGAUUGCACGGAGGCCUAUUGCUCUACUAAUUCUUGGCUACUACUCUGUCCUUAUGAAAUUGAGAUCAGAUACCAUGUGGCCGUUCGAUUCUUGGCCUGCAAAGCUUUUACAAAAAAUCGUAGAGGUACUGGGAGAUGAUUUGGGCGAGUAUCUAGAGUGGCCUAGGACUAGGGUGCUAUCGUAG